AUUACUCUUGCCCGCACUGUCUCUGACGGGCAUCGUCCUCGACAGCAAGAUGGCGAUGAUCGUAAGAGUGCAGUAAAAAGUGAGAAAUUUUUGGCAAAUAUCGCCAGUUGCGACAUUUCAAGCAGUUGUCUGCGGUAUUCAUUGUCCUGUGAUUGCUCGCAAAGAUGACUGCAGGUACCAGUUUAGUGGUGCCCAUAGUGCUAUGGGGACGUAUAGCACCAACUCAUUGUAUUUCUUGUGUUUAUCUAUCUCGGGAUCAAAAAACAUUGGUGACAGGAUGUUAUGAUGGACAAAUAUGUUUGUGGCAAGUGGAUCCAGAAACAUUAAAGAUGACUCCAAGAUGUCUACUUGUUGGACAUACUGCUCCGAUAAUGUGUCUUAGUCGAGCUAGUGUCAUAAUGGAACAAAAUUUCAUCGUUAGCAGCAGCGAGAGCGGAGAGAUGUGCACUUGGGAUCUAGUUGACGGAAAGUGUCGCGAGGCAGUGAAGCUUAAUAGUGUUCACACACAAAUGUUGCCUUAUGUUUCCGCGGGAGGAGAAGAUGUUAGGUUGUUUUGCUCUGGUUACUAUCCUGAGGUUCUGGUGAUGGAUCCAUUCAGUUUGGAAGUGCUGUUUACCCUGAGUUCUCGCGUCAAUCCAGAUUGGAUUAGCGCCUUGCACGUUUUACGGCCGGCCAAACGGAAAGGUCGGUUCUACGUGCAUACAAACGAUGUCGUACUGGCUCUGACGACCACGGGCACAGUUAAAGUGUGGACACUUCUGGGACACGAGAAUCGAAACAGCGAACCUCUGUAUGAGCAUGAAAGCAAGCAGAUUCGAUGCUUGAAUGCACUCGCGAUGACUUGUUGUCCUUAUAAUCAAAGAACGGUGCUCAUUGUAUGCUCCAAGUAUUGGCAGAUAUUCGACGCUGGUGAUUUCUCGGUUCUUUGCUCGGUAACAGCUCCUCGAGGCGAACGUUGGAUGGCAGGUGACUUUCUAGCUGCUGACAGAGUCAUUUUGUGGAGCGACGAAGGUCAUGGAUAUCUGUACAAACUUCCAGCAAAGGUUCUGGUACAACUUGACAGCAAGCUGAAGGGCAAGGCUCUCAGCAGUAGCGUCGCGGACAACAAGAACUUUCACAGCGCUAGUGCCGAAUACGAUCAGCCGUAUUUGUAUUGUACGUUAACACAACCCGGAGAUAAGCCUCUUUCAUGUCCACCGGCUAUGCGAUUGGUGACCGUACAGCGUCAAAACAAAACUUUGAAAUACUUGUUACGUGGAGACAGUGAGGGUGUCGUUAUUCUCUGGACGGUGCCAGAAAUGACGACGCAACAGCUCGUCCAGAUAUCUCAAAAUGACGGAUCCACACCGCCAGCAUUGCCGCCGACCGUAAAGACGAGUCUCACCGCUGCUUGGGACGCGAUGAAGCCACCUCCCGUGGGAAUACUUGACCAAUUAGACUCCGGCGACGGUCAGGGUAUCAAACUUACCGCUUGCAUAUACCUGCCACAGCAGAGUCGGCUGGUUGUUGGUCGCGAGGAUGGUAGUAUCAUCAUCGUACCGGCAACACAAACUGUGAUGUUGCAACUACUCCAUGGGAAUCAUCAACAGUACGAUGAUUGGCCACCACAUCAAGUUCUUUUGGGUCACUCCGGACGAGUAAAUUGUCUGCUUUAUCCUCAUGGUGCAGCGCCUCGUUAUGAUCGUACUCAUCUUGUUUCUGGUUCUGUGGACUUUGCCGUCUGUCUCUGGGAUUUAUAUGCUGGCACACUGAUCCACCGAUUUUGCGUUCACGCCGGCGAAAUCACGCAAUUAAUGGUGCCGCCCGAUAAUUGCAAUCCCAGGAUACAGAAAUGCGUAUGUAGUGUUGCAUCAGAUCACAGCGUUACAUUACUCUCAUUGGCUGAGAGGAAAUGCGUUGUGCUUGCUUCGCGGCAUCUUUUCCCGGUUGUAACUAUCAAAUGGAGACCGUUGGACGAUUUUAUGAUAGUUGGAUGCUCGGAUGGUGCCGUGUACGUUUGGCAAAUGGAAACUGGUCAUUUGGAUCGCGUAUUGCACGGCAUUAUCGCGGAAGAAGUGCUCUACGCAUGUGACGAGAACACCAUAGCGGCGGCCGGCGGAUCCGCCGCCGGUGGUGAACUAGGACUUGCCAAUCCUGCCGUGCAUUUCUUUAGGGGUUUGCGUCACCGAAAUCUGUCGGCGAUCAGACACGCGACGCAAAGAGGACUACACCAGUUGCAACAGCUUCAUGGUGGUCAUGGUCCUGAUCAUGGGAAUCAGAUAAAAGCCAAAGGUUCCCCACUGAUGAUUCAAGGCUUCAGGAGUAAUCCGAAGGAUCCAGAGAGUCAUAUUUUAUUCUUUGAUAUAGAAGCGUUGAUAGUGCAAUUGUUAAGUGACGAAUACGGUGCCAUGUCACCUGGUUCUUUAGAAGCGCAGGGACUUAUCUCCGCCGCCGAAUAUCAGAAAGUUGCAGCGCUCACUCAAUCAGCCAGCCCCGAUGCGCAUAAGAAAAUUGUUGACUUUUUCGGUCGCGUCAAGGAUAAAGCAGGCGAUGUUGAGCGAAUAUUAAAGGAGAAGGAUCGUCACGGUAUAUUGGCUAAGAUGAAGGAAGGUGCGGAGAAUGUGCAUACUAAAUUACAGGCCAAAGCGGAAAGCGUCGGCCUCAAGCCGUCGACAUUUGACGGCAAAGGCGAAAAUUGGAAUAAUAGCGACGUGGCGAAGAACAGUUUGAAACGGAACGGUGCGUUUAGUGAACCAAAUGCGACAAUGGAAGUAGCGCAAUUACUUUUGAGCCUUUUGCACGCCUGGGGUAUGGAUCCAGACUUGGAUCGGGUUUGCGAAGGAAAACUGGGUCUAUUACGGCCUAUGGUUCCUGUCUCAUUUGGAGUACUAUCCAAGGGAGGUUACAUGUCAUUGUUAUUACCAACUUGGCAAACACAUCUUGAACCAGUCGGUGAACCUACAACUCAAUUGGAGCAACGCUUACCAGCUGAACUAGUUAGACAAGAGAGGCUCACUAGAGCAUUUACGGCAAGAGCACAUUGGGAAUUAUCGACUACUUUAACAAGUAAUCAUUUAUUAGCGGUAAUUGCUUUAGCAAAUACCUUAAUGUCAAUGAACAACGCAACAUUUGUACCUGAGCAAGAACGAAAUCGCAAGAUGCACAGGCCGGGUAAUAGAGCCGCGGUGAACUGGAAUAAAACAGAAGAGGAAAAUGAAGAAAUGUACACAGUACAGCAGGCCCAAAUCAAGCAGGGUUGGUCCCUUCUGGCUACAUUACACUGUGUAUUGUUGCCUGACAAAGUUGCAGCGCAGGGUGGCGCAAAGACUUUCAAACGGCCACAAGUAGAGAUGAUGGCACGAAGAUGGCAACAUCAGUGUGUGGAGAUUCGAGAAGCAGCGCAGGCUUUAUUGCUCGCCGAGCUGGGUCGGAUGGGCUCAAAGGGUCGCAAAGCACUUGUUGAUAACUGGUCGCAAUAUUUGCCGAUGUAUAGUACUCAAGAACCCAUCGCUCCGCAACCGCAGAAUCAAAACUCGCCGGCACCCGGAAGUCCGGUGCCGCAGUCUGAAUCACAACCUGAAGAAGAGGACGAAGAAGAAGAGUUAGCUGAAGCAGAGAUGAGUAUAGCUAGGAAACCAUCGAGCGUGGCGGAACUGAAACGAAAGCAAACCACGGCUGUUGUGCUGUUAGGCGUAAUAGGUGCUGAAUUUGGUCAAGAUGUAACCACAACGAACCAAAGAAGAGACAACGAACAGAGACGAAAGAGCUCGAUUGUGGAAGGCUUUGGCAUAGGAAAUAAUAAUCUUGCCAGGCAUACCAGUAUGGCGCUUACUCAUCUAUUGCACGCACCUCAUUCUCCAAAACUUCCAUUGCAUACGCCACUACGAAGAGCCGCGAUCGAUCUUAUUGGUAGAGGAUUCACUGUCUGGGAACCCUAUCUCGAUGUAUCAAAGGUUCUAUUAGGCCUACUGGAAAUGUGUUGCGACGCAGACAAGUUAGUGCCGAGUUUGACAUAUGGCCUUCCUCUGACGCCACAAGCCGACACUUGUCGUACAGCGCGUCAUGCUUUGACAUUGAUUGCUACUGCCAGGCCAGCUGCCUUCAUCACUACGAUGGCUCGUGAAGUAGCUAGAUUUAACACUCUUCAACAGAAUGCUCAGACUUUAAAUGUUAAUCUGGGUGCGAGUGUCUUGACUAGAGCAAAACCAGAGAUUCUCAGGAUUGUUGAGCAACUGAUUGAUAAAAUGCAGAGCGAGAUGAGUGAUCUUCUUGUUGAGGUCAUGGAUAUUAUUCUACAUUGUCUUGAUCCAGGUCAUCUAAAAAUGAAACCUUUGAAUGAAGUAUUUCCGGCAGUGUGUAGAUUUAAUCAGGUCAGUCAUUGUCCGGCAACACGCAGGAUAGCAGUUGGAGGUCGCGGUGGUCAGCUAGCAUUAUAUGAAUUGCGAGGUAACGUCAAAUGUCAAACAGUUCCGGCACAUUCGGCGCCGGUUACUGCAUUGGCAUUUUCACCAGAAGGAAAGUUUCUCGUCAGUUAUUCCUGUUCCGAGAACAAACUCUGUUUCUGGCAGCAAACCAGCAGUGGCAUGUUCGGCCUGGGUAACUCGCAGACUCGUUGUGUGAAGUCUUACAGUACAGCGCCCAUCAAUGAUGUGGCCCGAUUGAACCCUAUGCGCUUGGCACGGCUAAUCUGGAUCAACAAUCGUACGGUCACUUUAAUGCUCGCUGAUGGCUCGGAGACACGUUUCAACGUUUGAAUGUCACGCGAGUUCAGAUUCUGCCGGAGUUACCAACGAACUUUGUUCAGCAAGCGGAAGCAUUUCAGCUUGCUUGUCAUUUAGCGCCGAUAGCAUCGAUCGAGCCUGAUUGGUAUAAUGUUUCCUCGUUAACAGAUUUCUUUACAAAAAUGCUAAGAAUAGUUAACACAAUAGUAACAUAAUUGACAAUAUUAUCUAAUGAGCAAGAUAGUUUAAUAGCAGUGUUAAAGAAUGUCAUUUAAGCUCUUCUGAUAGAUUCUUUGAAAAGAGUUUUAUUUAUAGAACUAAUAGAUAAAAAAAAACAUUUCAUGUGUAUAUAUCAAACUUAAAAAAUAUAUUGGUUUAGUAUUAAUUUAAAAGGAACACUGUACAAUCCAGGCUUCAGCGCUAACAUAUUUAUUAGAUUUUCCUUUGUUUCCACAGUAUUGAUAAAAAAAUAAUUUAAAAAGUUAGAGUUAAUUGAAGUCGUCGGCGCGACUUUAGUCGAAAUAAUUUGUACAUCAACCAGGAGUACCAUUGCCAAUUUUGGCACGCUCAUUGGUACUUAAUUGAUAACAUUAGUAUUGAAUAAUUGGAUUUCUCUGUAUUUCUUAUUGUGCACAUUAUCGCUGCAUUACUGGCUGUCCGGUUUUAUAAUCUCAUACGAGAUUUUCAUUUUAGAUAAAAUCAGGAUUAAGCAGCCGUAACUUGAUACUAAAUACACGUGAAGAAAAUGCUAAUCGUAAUAGGUUUUUUAUGUAAAUUACGCAAAAUUAGAGAUUACAUGAAUUUAUUUCUAUCGAUCCCCGAAAGUUGCAGUAUUUUGCAGUAUUUUUAAUGUACAUAGUUUGUUUCUUAUAGCUACGAAGAAUUUUUAUCAACUAUUGGAUAUUUCAUCAUACUUAAGUAUUUGUACAAUAAAAGUAGAAAAGUAUGCACUUUUAAUUUAUUCGUUUUAUCGAAACCAACGCACUAAAUGUUGAAUUUUUAUUCUGUACAUAUUGCUUUCUUGAAGAUAUACUGCGCGACUUUCGGAGAAAGAUUAAACUUGAAUGUUUUGUCGCGCUUUCCUUCAUUAGUUUUCUGGGAUUCUUUAAAUUAUCAGAAUUUGAAGUUCGUGAAUCUCUUGCCGCGUGUUUCUCGAAAAGAUGUUUAUGAACAUUAAUCUGAAAUCGUGCAUUUUUUUAUUUAAAUAAAUAAAAUAUAGUAGAAGUUAUGGAAUAAAAAAUAGUAGGAAAAAAUAACUAAGAAUAAUGAUAGAGCACAGUGACUUUUUCAUAAAUAUCGCUCGAAGCUCCAUCAUGCCUAACUCACAUUAAUUUGACGAAUAUUCCACGAUUAAUUAAUUAACCGACACAUGAGUAUUUAUUUCAUCACUUAGGAUAAACAAGAUAGAAAGGCAAGAAUAUUUAUUCUUCGAGAUCGAUUAACCUGAAGACGCUACAUCACCGCUUUUCUGCCGCUAUUUUUAUGAAUGGAGAUCUUUCUCCGUUUGCGAGGGACACCAUUAUAUGCAUAAAAUGUAGAAUAAUUUAUAUAAUUGUUAUUAUGUCCCGUAUGUGCGGAUUCAGUGUAUUGUACUAUACAAAUGCGUAUGCCAUAAAUCGCGUAUACAAUAUUUUCUUUAUUUUAUCGAAAGAAAUGCUUCUAGGCAUAAGCACAAUAUUUAUUUGCAAUGCUGUAAUUUAGUUUUUUCAUCUUUAAGAGAUACGCGAUUUAUGAUUUGCUCUGUCUGUUUUUCUCGCAAUUGAAGAGUAAAGUCCCAUAGGACUCUAAUGAAGAGUAGCGAUCCCGUUGAGAUUCAAUCAUUAAUAAUUGUCUCGGCAAAUCAAUAGUGUAAGGAUGUUCUUGAUUGAUCGCGCUUUCUUUCGUAAAAAAAUUUAGCAAAAGAAAUCGAAAGAAUGUGUGAAUAUAUAUAGCUUUAAACUGUUCAUGUAAAGCGGCGUAAGAUUGUGCCAGCAGGUAUAAUUCCGCAUCAGACUUUGUACUAUUUUUAAGAAUUCUCCGAUAUUUCGAAGUUACCAUUUUUAUAAGUCAUUUUAGACAUUUGCUUCUAUUGUUAUUGCGUGUUUAAUUGCCGACAAAUACGGUUAAUUAAUUUUGAAUUUUAUUAGUUUAAUAUGAAGCUUAUAAAGAAUAACUUUUUAGAGUGGAUAGCCCGAAAUUAGUCUUUCUCGUAAUAACAUUCCUUAAUUGUUUUAGUUCAUUAAUGUAUUAUUAUUAUUAUUGUUAAAUAUUAUUAAAUACCUCAUAAUUAUAUAAUAUAUAAAGUUUAUAUAUAAAGUUAAAUUUAUAGAUAUUAUUUAGAUCUACCUAAAAUUAAUUGUUUUACUUGUUAGUUUAUCAGUUAUUCUAUAUAUUUAUGUACUUUGUGAGAGAUGGCCUUCACGUUCAAUAUCUUGUAGCUGAACAAAUAUGAGUAUUUUGAAUUAUUAAAACAACAUUAAUCCAAAAUUAUAUGUUUAAGAGGACAUAAAGGAAUUCAUCUUAUGCCGCGAUAAAUAUAUCCAUACGAUUUAAAAACCAUUUCUCUUUAGUGCAAAGUCAUUUACUCCAAUUACAUUGGUCUGCUAGCGCAAUCGUACCCAAACUUUUAUGUACAUUAUAAUGUCGAUCAUACGUCGCGCAGGCGUGUCUGUGAUCAACACUUUCGCAUAAAGCACUUUUUCAGAGGUCUUUUUGUUAGAAAUUGAAGGAGACAUUUAAUCCUUCGACCAGUAUAGUUAAAUCUAUAUUCUUCCUAUACCAAAUUGUUUUUGCAAUUUUGUUUUCUUUUUCUUUUUAACAAUUAGGUUUGAUUGCAAUUGAUGAGCUCAAUACGUCCUGUGAAAUUGAUGGACGAUGUGAGUUUAUAAUAUUAGUUUGAAGAGUUGAUUGACCUUAAAGGAACGAUUUAUUGUUACUAAUUAUGAAGCCGAGCAUAGAAAUCGACUUGAUAUAUCGUUCCCAUCGUGUACAUAAAAUCGAGCUGCGCCUAAUUGUAUCUAUGUAAUUAUUUACGUGUACAUUGUAUCCGUUAUGCAUCAGUCUCCGGCCGAUUCAUGAGUUCAAUAAAUAUAUCGGGUAGCGCACAAUCGCCCACCCAUCUUGUUUUACUUGUAAUUGUAGACAAAUGUAAUAAAAGCAGAAAUACUGAG